AUGCUCUUCUCCAACACCAUCAUCCCCAUCCUUGCCGCCGUCCCGGUGAUCUCUGCUAUCAAGCUUGAGCCUGCCCACGCCAAGCGCGCUGGACUCUCUCACCGCGAUAUCGCAGCCGAACUUCGACGAAGCGACUCGCCUGUCGCUGCUCGUAACCAGAACAAGCGUCUCGUGCGAAAGGCAAAGAACAAGAAGAGGUCUUGCCAAGCCAAGUUCAGUGGUUCUUCUACUGCCGCCUCUACCGCUUCGCAGACUGCCACUGGAACUGCCUCCGCCACUUGGGCUUCUGCCUCCUCCACUGGCUCCAGUAACGGUACCAACAGUGCGGCGACCUCGAGCUCCUGGUCUCUAGUGGAAGAAUGGUCCGGAAGCAGCUUUUUCGACAACUGGAGUUUCUGGUCUUACACUGAUCCCACUCACGGUACCGUCGACUACCAGUCUGCCUCCGAUGCCUGGAAUUCGGGUCUCGUGGCGAUCAACUCUGAUAACCGCGCCGUCAUGUCUGUCGACACCACCGAAGUCGUCUCUACUGCCAGAAAUUCUGUCCGUAUUCACGGUAACAAGGUCUUCACCGGUGGUCUUGUCAUCAUGGACGCCUACCACAUGCCCGUUGGCUGUGGCACCUGGCCUGCCUGGUGGCAGAACGGUCCCAACUGGCCCGAGGGUGGCGAGAUUGAUAUUCUCGAGGGUGUCAACGCCUUUGACCAGAACCAAGUCUCCCUCCAUACUGGUGUCGGCUGCACCAUGCCCAACAACAUCCAGGACAACAUGAUGGGCACCCUCACCACUGGCGACUACGACUCUUACGACUGCUCCGCCAGCAACACUUCCAACCAGGGUUGUGGCGCUCGUGAUGAGACUAGCGACAACUCUUACGGUGCUAGUUUCAACAGCAACAGGGGUGGUGUGUACGCCAUGCGAUGGAGCAGGGCUGGUAUCACUGUCUGGUUCUUCCAGCGAGGCUCUAUCCCCUCCGACAUUGACAGCAACACCCCCGACCCUUCCAGCUGGGGUACUCCUGUUGCCAACUUUGUCUCUGACAGCUGCGACCCUUACCAGUUCUUCUAUGACCACUUCAACAUUUUCGACAUCAGCCUCUGUGGAGAUUGGGCCGGUGGCGACUCUGUCUGGAACAAUGCUGGUUAUGCCGGCCAAAGCCAGAGCUGCGCUGCCUCCACUGGCUAUUCCACUUGUGCCGACUAUGUCCUCAACCAGGGCUCUGCCUUUACUGAGGCUUACUGGGAGGUCGCCUCUGUCAAGUACUUCAACUCCACAACCGAAGUCUAA